GUGUUUUUCAUUGGUCAUUCAACAGAACUAUGGAAUAAAUUCAGAUGAGUAUUAAUAAACACUAGUGUUAGGAGAUAAACCACAGAAAUACCAUUGAUAAUAGUGUGAAACUGAAAUACGUUCAUUGAAUGCAAUAAGUUGCCUGCAAAAAAGAUGGGUCAUUAUUACUAUUACUUCAGAGUACUAAGUUUACUCCUCAUAUCCUAUCAGGUGUUGUGUAUCCUGAUGAUGAAUACACAAGCAACUAGGCAUUGUGUUAAUAUGAUAAAUAAUGAAGGCAAACCAAUACUUUCAUGUGAUAAUAGAAAAUCAAAUAUGAAGCAACCAAGUGUUAGUGUGAAUGAUAAUAUUCAACCAAAUGAUUUCACCUCUGAAUCAUAUUAUGCUAAUGACAAUGAUGAUGAGGAUGAUUACAAUUCAUUUCGACAGAAACAAUCCCAUCAAUUGAUACCAGAUGAUUAUGAGCCUAUUUCAAGUCAAGAUGAAUAUGGCUAUCUUCGAAACACCAAAAAACGUGGAUUUGUUCGAAUCGGUAAACGUGGAUUUGUUCGAAUUGGUAAACGUGGAUUUGUUCGUAUUGGACGAUAAAUGAAUUAAAAUUACGAUGAUAAUAAUAAUAAUACUGAUAAUAUUAUUAACAAUUGUUAAUUAUGAUUCAUAAAAAAAAGAUUCUAUUUAAAAAUUCAGACUAUUUAAGACUAUUUAAUUGCUUGAGUAAAUAAAUAAAUAAAUUUAUUAAUGAAUCAAACAGUAGAACUUUUUUCAACUAACGAACUGUAAAACUCUUUCUGCUAUUAGUAUUACUGUUGAAG